GGGGUCGUGCGCGCGGCUGAGGCAGCACCCAGACCGCGGCGAGGGGAGUGGCCCAGCCGGGCCUGCCGGGCGCUGAGGGCCGCCAUGGAGGCCGUUCCCCGGAUGCCCAUGAUCUGGUUAGACCUCAAGGAAGCCGGGGACUUCCACUUCCAGCCGGCCGUGAAGAAGUUUGUCCUAAAGAAUUAUGGAGAGAACCCAGAAGCCUACAAUGAAGAGCUGAAGAAGCUGGAGUUGCUCAGACAGAAUGCUGUGCGCGUGCCCCGGGACUUCGAGGGCUGCAGUGUCCUUCGCAAGUACCUUGGCCAGCUCCACUACCUGCAGAGCCGGGUGCCCAUGGGCGCAGGCCAGGAAGCGGCCGUCCCCGUCACCUGGACAGAGAUCUUCUCCGGCAAGUCCGUGGCCCAUGAGGACAUGAAGUACGAGCAGGCCUGCAUUCUCUAUAACCUCGGUGCGCUGCAUUCCAUGCUGGGGGCCAUGGACAAGCGGGUGUCGGAGGAGGGAAUGAAGGUGUCCUGCACCCACUUCCAGUGCGCAGCCGGAGCCUUCGCCUACCUGCGGGAGCACUUCCCGCAGGCCUACAGCGUGGACAUGAGCCGCCAGAUCCUCACGCUCAACGUCAACCUCAUGCUGGGCCAGGCCCAGGAGUGCCUGCUGGAGAAGUCCAUGCUGGACAACAGGAAGAGCUUCCUAGUGGCCCGCAUCAGUGCGCAGGUGGUGGAUUACUACAAGGAGGCCUGCCGAGCCCUGGAGAACCCUGACACGGCCUCGCUGCUGGGCCGCAUCCAGAAGGACUGGAAGAAGCUGGUGCAGAUGAAGAUCUACUACUUCGCGGCGGUGGCUCAUCUGCACAUGGGGAAGCAGGCUGAGGAGCAGCAGAAGUUUGGGGAACAGGUGGCCUACUUCCAGAGUGCUCUGGACAAGCUUAAUGAAGCCAUCAAGUUGGCUAAGGGCCAGCCGGACACUGUACAGGACGCACUUCGCUUUGCCAUGGACGUCAUCGGAGGAAAGUACAAUUCUGCCAAGAAGGACAACGACUUCAUCUACCACGAAGCUGUGCCGGCGCUGGACACCCUGCAGCCUGUGAAAGGAGCCCCCUUGGUAAAGCCCUUGCCAGUGAACCCCACAGAUCCAGCUGUUACGGGUCCUGACAUCUUCGCCAAACUGGUGCCCAUGGCUGCGCACGAGGCCUCCUCCCUGUACAGCGAGGAGAAGGCCAAGCUGUUGCGGGAAAUGAUGGCCAAGAUCGAGGACAAGAACGAAGUCCUAGACCAGUUCAUGGAUUCGAUGCAGCUGGACCCCGAGACGGUGGACAACCUGGACACGUACGCACACAUCCCGCCACAGCUCAUGGAGAAGUGCGCGGCGCUCAGUGUCAGGCCAGACACGGUCAAGAACCUCGUGCAGUCCAUGCAGGUGCUGUCGGGUGUGUUCACGGACGUGGAGGCCUCCCUGAAGGACAUCAGGGACCUGCUGGAGGAGGAUGAGCGGCAAGAGCAGAAGCUGCACGAGGCCACGGGCCAGGCUGGGGCGAGCCCGGCCGCCGCCAAGGCCGAGCUGGCCGAGGUGCGGCGUGAGUGGGCCAAGUACAUGGAGGUGCACGAGAAGGCGUCCUUCACCAACAAUGAGCUGCACCGCGCCAUGAACCUGCACGUGGGCAACCUGCGUCUGCUCAGCGGGCCGCUGGACCAAGUGAGGGCCGCGCUGCCCACGCCAGCCCUGACCCCAGAGGACAAGGCGGUGCUGCAAAACCUGAAGCGCAUCCUGGCCAAAGUGCAGGAGAUGCGGGACCAGCGCGUGUCGCUGGAGCAGCAGCUGCGGGAGCUCAUCCAGAAGGACGACAUCACCGCCUCUCUGGUCACCACUGACCACUCAGAGAUGAAGAAGCUGUUCGAGGAACAGCUGAAGAAGUACGACCAGCUGAAGGUGUACCUGGAGCAGAACCUGGCCGCGCAGGACAACGUGCUGCGGGCGCUCACCGAGGCCAACGUCCAGUACGCGGCCGUGCGGCGGCUGCUUGGCGAACUGGACCAAAAGUGGAACUCCACCCUGCAGACGCUGGUGGCCUCCUACGAGGCCUACGAGGACCUGAUGAAGAAGUCCCAGGAGGGCAAGGACUUCUACGCCGACCUGGAGAGCAAGGUGGCGGCCCUGCUGGAGCGCGCGCAGGCCACCUGCAGGGCGCGGGAGGCCGCCCGCCAGCAGCUGCUCGAGAGGGAGCUGAAGAAAAAGCCGCCCCCUCGACCCACGGCGCCCAAGCCGCUGCUGCCCCGCAGGGAGGACGGGGAGCCGGGGGAGCCCGGGGAGCCGGCUGAGGAGCUGCGCAGCCUGCCCCCAGACAUGGCGACCGGCCCGCGCCCCCCAGACCCUUUCCUGGGUGCCGCCCCCGAGGCGCAGGAGCUGGACGCGCGCGGCCGCUCCAUCGCCAUCGCGCGCUGCUACUCGCUCAAGAACCGCCACCAGGACGUGAUGCCCUACGACGGCAACCGCGUGGUGCUGCGCUCGGGCAAGGACGACUACAUCAACGCCAGCUGCGUGCAGGGCCUGUCGCCCUACUGCCCGCCGCUCGUGGCCACGCAGGCGCCGCUGCCCGGCACCGCCGCCGACUUCUGGCUCAUGGUGCACGAGCAGAAGGUGGCGGUCAUCGUCAUGCUGGUGUCCGAGGCCGAGAUGGAGAAGCAAAAGGUGGCGCGCUACUUCCCCACGGAGCGGGGCCAGCCCGUGGUGCACGGCGCGCUGCGCGUGGCGCUGAGCAGCGUCCGCGCCACCGAGACGCACGUGGAGCGCGUGCUCAGCCUGCAGUUCCGGGACCAGAGCCUCACGCGCUCGCUCGUGCACCUGCACUUCCCGACGUGGCCCGAGCUAGGCCUGCCCGACAGCCCCGAACACCUGCUGCGCUUCAUCCAGGAGGUGCACGCGCACUGCCUGCACCAGCGCCCGCUGCACACGCCCGUGGUCGUGCACUGCAGCUCCGGCGUGGGCCGCACCGGGGCCUUCGCGCUGCUCUACGCGGCGGUGCAGGAGGUGGAGGCGGGGAACGGGAUCCCGCAGCUGCCCCAGCUGGUGCGGCGCAUGCGCCAGCAGCGGAAGCACAUGCUGCAGGAGAAGCUGCACCUGCGGUUCUGUCACGAGGCGCUGGUGAGGCACGUGGAGCAGCUGCUGCAGCGGCCCUCGUCCCCCCCGCCGCUCUCGUCGCCUCUGCCGGAGCUCCCCCAGGCCGAGGAGCAGCCGCCCCUGCCCGAAGCGCCCAGUCUAGGGCCCCCCUCGUCCUCGCUGGAGCUGCUGGCCUCCCUGACCCCCGAGGCCUUCUCCCUGGACAGCUCCCUGCGCGGCAAGCAGCGCAUGAGCAAGCAGAACUUCCUGCAGGCGCACAACGGCCAGGGCCUCAAGGCGGCGCGGCCCGGCGACGACCCGCUCAGCCUGCUGGACCCGCUGUGGACGCUCAACAAGACCUGAGCGGCCCACGGGCCGGAGCCGGAGCUCCACCCCGUCCUGCUGCCCUCGG